AUGGCCGCAUCGCUUUCUGCUUCAGUUGUGUCCCUUCAAUCAUCGCUGCAAAUUAUCGACUCAUCAAUCUCCACUCUCGAGUCCGGCGUUAGCGACUUUCCCCGAUUGUGUAAGGUCUUGCAAACGACCCGACACUUUGAACUUCUCCCAGAGCCUACUCUCCGCGAAGCACAGCAAUCGCUUCUAGAUGAAAUUACCCCAAGCAUUGCGCACUUGCUCUCUUUAGCUUCAGCCCACAUCGAGAAGCUAUCACGUCGCGAACAAGCUCUCCGAGCCAAAGCCGAGCUUCAAGAAGGCAGACUAUACUCCAGCGAGAGCCGCCAACCCCCAAGUCGUAGUCACAGUACCUUUGGCGAUCGGCAAAAAGGCAGUGCUGCGAAAGCAGCGGAGCACAGGCGAUUAGUACAGAAGAAAGAAAGGCUGCAAUAUGCGGUUGAGAGAUUGGAACUGCAAAGUAAACAGUGCGAGCGUCAAUUGAGGAAGAGCAUGGCUGCUCAGUGA